AAAUCAUGUGUGCUCAAAAUACAAAUGUCUAACAUGCCAUGGUAGACAUCACACCAGUAUACAUAUGGACAGAAAUCUACAGCAACAGCAGCCAUCAUCCAAAUCCAAGAUGCAUCCGGAAAGUGGAUAAACGCUCGAGCUCUCCUGGACGCAGGUAGCGAGGUCAACAUUGCUACCCACAGACUGGCAUCCAUGCUUCAGCUUGCAUGUAAAGGUGAUAUUUGUAAUAUUAGUGGCGUAGGUAACACCCAAAAACAAUCUCAAAUGAGUAUACAUACUAGUAUUUCUUCACGUUAUACUAACUACAAGGCUGAUCUCACAUUCAUUGUGUUAGAUAAUAUAGCAGUGCCGCUACCACACAACUAUAUACCUACACAUACCUGGCACAUACCAACUAAACAAGCACACACACUUGCUGACCCUACUUUUUUCAUACCUAGCUCAAUUGACUUGCUUAUUGGAGCUGAGCUCUUCUACUCCAUACUACUGACAGGACGUAUAAAACUUGGUUCAUGCUUACCUUUCUUAAUUGAAACUACCCUAGGAUGGGUUGUAUCAGGUUCUUACAUUCCUGAUUCUAGUGAGCUUACUUCUGACUGCACUACACCUGUUAGCAUGCAUUUAUCAUCUACUCCCACAGAUGGCAUACUCCAAUCUUUCUGGGAACAGGAGGAAGUACUGUCUACACAAAAGUUAAUCUCUCCUGAAGACAAAUACUGUGAGGAGUUGUACACCUCAACCACUACACAGGAUGAUACUGGUAGAUAUACUGUGGAUUUGCCUUUACAGGCAGACAAAGUGAAUGAAUUAGGUAAUUCAUUUAAUACCGCUUAUCACUGCCUACUUAAACUGGAAUCAAGGCUUACUAAGGACCCUGACCUCUAUACUCAAUAUAAGUCAUUUAUCAAUGAAUUUAUUGAGCUUGGCCAUGCGCACCACAUCCACAGCUUCUCCCCUACUGACUCACAUGCAUAUUAUGUACCUCACUUACCAGUACUUAAGCCAGAUAGUGCAUCUACAAAGAUGCGUACUGUUUUCAAUGCAAGUGCUAAAUCUUCCAGUGGCUUAUCACUUAAUGAUGUGCUUUAUGAAGGUCCUAACAUUUAUAAUGACAUUUUUGAUAUCAUAUUAAGAUUCAGACUAUAUAAAUAUGCUUUUUCUUGUGACAUUGUUAAAAUGUUUAGAAAUAUCAGAAUUAAUCCACAACAUACACCUUUACAAAGAAUUUUAUGGCGAAAUUCAAAGUCUGAACAAUUACAAUGUUUAGAGUUAGAUACUGUCACCUACGGUGUCAAAAGUGCACCUUACCUUGCUUGUCGCACUAUGCUAGACUUAGCUGACAGACACACUGUCACUCAUCCAUAUGCAUCAGACUGUAUAAAGUCUAGUUCAUACAUGGACGACUACCUAUGUGGCGCUCAAUCAAUAGAGCAAUGUAUCCAAUUAUGUACUGAGCUUACUGACUUAUUAGGGACAGCAGGUUUUCAGCUUCAUAAGUGGUCUACUAACCACCCUCACAUUUAUACACACAUAUUGAGCUUAAAUCCCUCAAGUCAAAAUAACACUCCACUAGAUGAAAACAACACUUACAGUUUUACUCUUCACGAAUCGGUCAAAACUCUCGGCUUACAGUGGCUACCUACACAAGAUACACUUAAUAUUUGUAUACCUAACUUCACAGAGAAUAAAUACCCCCUGUACUAA